AUGGAAGUACCUGCGCAGCCUAACCUGCGCGUGACGAUCAUUGCGGCGGAUGGACUAUACAAGCGAGAUGUCUUCAGAUUCCCGGACCCCUUUGCGGUCGCUACGAUCAGCGGCGAGCAGACGAGGACGACGGGCGUGAUCAAGAAGACGCUGAACCCAUACUGGAAUGAGAGCUUCGACAUGCGAGUCGGGCCCGACAGUAUACUAGCGGUUCAAAUAUUCGACCAGAAGAAGUUCAAGAAGAAGGAUCAGGGCUUCUUGGGCGUGGUGAAUGUCCACAUUGGUUCUGCUAUUGACCUGGAUGCUGGCGGAGAUGAAAUGAUCACAAAGGAUUUGCGGAAGUCCAACGAUAACCUCGUAGUGAACGGCAAGCUAAUCCUCAACCUCUCGACUAACCUUCGAACUCCGAUUGCGAACGGCAACAACCAAAACCGCCCAUCUCUGUCCUCCGCCGGACCCUCCGCAAACGGCACGCAUACUCCCACCACACCGAUGGGCGCGCAGUCCUCUACGUCUUUGGCGCCGGACAGGCCAACCAGCACCGCUGGGCCUCCUUCGGCAUCACGGCAAAACACCAAUACGAGCGGGGCGCCGCCGGCAGCUAAUGCUACUAACGGCACAGGACGACGCACAACCGAGACUGGCUUUAGUGCGUUCGAAGACGCGCAGGGCAGACUCCCGCCCGGCUGGGAAAGGCGUGAAGAUAACCUGGGGCGCACAUACUACGUCGACCACAACUCGCGUCAGACGACGUGGAUUCGACCAACAGCAAACUUCAAUGCUGGAGAACAACGGGCGCAGAUGGAGCAGCAGCAGUCGGUGGAGCGAUCGAGACAUCAGGCCCGCAUGCUGCCGGAAGACCGGACUGGCGCAAACUCGCCGACGCUGUCUGAUAGGCAGAACUCGCCAUCGCAACCUCCACCCGCUGUAGGCGCUGCGGGCACGGCCAAUGCGGCGCACAUGGUGGCCACUGGCGCGACGACAGCUGGCACAGGUGAGCUGCCUGCAGGAUGGGAGCAAAGGCAUACCCCAGAAGGCCGAGCCUACUUCGUAGACCACAACACUCGUACUACGACAUGGGUGGAUCCACGUCGCCAGCAAUACAUCCGCAUGUACGGGCAGAAUGCCGGAACCGGGAACACCACUAUCCAGCAACAGCCUGUGUCGCAACUUGGACCACUACCAAGUGGCUGGGAAAUGCGCUUGACCAACACUGCUCGCGUUUACUUUGUGGACCACAACACUAAGACCACGACUUGGGACGACCCCAGGCUGCCAUCUUCACUCGACCAGAACGUGCCGCAAUACAAGCGUGACUUCAGGAGGAAGCUGAUCUAUUUCCGAUCGCAACCUGCUCUCCGCAUCUUGUCAGGCCAAUGCCACGUGAAGGUCAGACGUACUCACAUCUUCGAAGACUCGUACGCCGAGAUCAUGAGGCAAAGUCCGAACGACCUCAAGAAACGGCUGAUGAUCAAAUUCGAUGGUGAAGACGGCCUGGACUACGGUGGUCUCUCCCGAGAGUUCUUCUUCCUUCUUUCGCACGAGAUGUUUAAUCCUUUCUAUUGCUUGUUCGAGUAUUCGGCGCACGACAACUACACUCUACAGAUCAACCCACAUUCCGGCAUCAACCCAGAGCAUCUGGGCUACUUCAAAUUCAUUGGACGAGUGGUCGGACUGGCUAUCUUCCAUCGGCGAUUCUUGGACGCCUUUUUCAUUGGCGCAUUCUACAAGAUGGUCUUGAAGAAGAAGGUCUCGCUGCAGGAUAUGGAGGGCGUAGACGCCGAGUUCCACCGCACUCUUAGCUGGACCAUGGAUAACGACAUCACGGACGUCAUCUACAGCACAUUUUCCGUCGAGGACGAGCGCUUCGGUGAAAAGGUCACCGUUGAUCUCAAGCCUGGCGGACAGGACAUUGAGGUCACGAACGAGAACAAGAAGGAGUACGUCGAGCUGAUAACGGAGUGGAGAAUUCAGAAGCGGGUGGAGGAGCAGUUCAAUGCUUUUGUGACUGGCUUUCACGAAUUGAUCCCGGCGGACCUGGUCAACGUGUUUGAUGAGCGCGAGCUUGAGUUGCUCAUUGGUGGUAUUGCUGAUAUUGAUGUGGAUGACUGGAAGAAGCAUACGGACUACCGUGGGUACACGGAGAGUGAUCCUGUGGUACAGCACUUCUGGAAGUGCAUUCGAACCUGGGACGCAGAACAGAAGUCCCGUCUCCUGCAGUUCGCGACAGGUACCUCGCGUAUCCCCGUCAACGGCUUCAAGGAUCUCCAAGGCUCCGACGGUCCACGACGCUUUACGAUCGAGAAGUCUGGCGAGGAAACUCAGCUGCCGAAGUCGCAUACUUGUUUCAACAGAUUGGACCUCCCGCCUUACAAGUCGUUCGAUGCGUUGCAGCAGAAGCUGCUGUGGGCUGUGGAGGAGACUGUCGGUUUCGGACAAGAGUAG